GGUCACACUGCAAUCAAAUUUUUCCAAAAUGAAACAAAAACUCACUUCGUUUAUCUAAAGUUUAUCAAUAUAUUAGUCCAAUAAAUAGUAAAAAUAACCCAAAUUAGAUUAGAUCAACUGUCAAUCGAAUGACUCGGCAUAUUAACCGGGAGCAGGAGCAGCAGGCAGUGAGACGACGUCGCCGCCGCCAGCUGUGCAGCCAACGGCAGCAAUAACAACAAGGGAGCAAAGCAAAAUCAGAGAGAGGAGAGGAGUGUCCGCCAUGCGAUUUAACAAGUCCGAGCUGAACGCUUUGGCUACCAGUCCGGCAACCAAGUUCGACAAGGAGGGGCUGCUCAUCGUUACGGAUCGCCAGGAGGGAUUCCUGUGGCGCAGCGAAGUCAGAGUCGAACGCUGGUGCAAGCUGCGCGGCAAUCUGUUGUUUUGCCUUAAAGACAAAGAUCCCAAAUCAUCGGUGUCGGCUGUCCUUGUACUGGAGAACUGUCGCGCCCGCAUUCUGAAUGAAGACUGCGACCCCGACGGCUACAUAUUCGAUCUAGACUUCAAAGACAGUCCCACGGAGCGUUUUAUUAGCUACUCGUCGGCCGAACGCCUGGCCUGGGUAUACAGCAUUGAGCAGGCGUCCAACGAGACGCUGAAUCUGCUUAUCAGCCAUCUGAAGGAGCAGAUUGUGGCAAAGAGCAGACAACUGCCCCUGGCCAUGGGCAAUAAUAUUGAUUUGGGUGUGCCAGUGCCCCCUGCAAUGAUCCAGCAGCAGCAGCAGCAGGAAGAUUCGGAGGACUCUCCUCCCGUGGAGGUGGCACCGACCUUUGAAGAACUGGACCUCUCGGAGCUGCCCAUCUGCGAGACGGCCCUCUCCUGUGAUAGCCUGCCGGUAGACACCUUCGGGCGUGAUCCCAAUCCACGUGUGGUCUGCUCAGUGCUGCAGCCCGGCGAGGAUUGCUUGUGGCGCGAGCAUGCCCGCACGGAGCUGCAGGAGGGCACACGCACGCCGCAGUUCCUGAGCACGAUGCGUUUCCAGCGCAGUGCCGGAUUUACGGCCUCCACGCGUCUGCGUUUCAGUGUGCACGAUGUGCGGGAGCGCAUGACCCUGACAUCGGUGCCCCUGGGCCAUGCUGAGGUGGCCCUCGGCGUCAUACAGGACACCACACGGCUGCGUCUGCCCGUGGGCUCGCCGCGUGGCGAAUGUGGCUUCAUUACCCUUGUCUCCUGGUCCCCAGAGGCGGCCGUGGAACCGGGCCAAGCGACAGGCAAUGGCCUACCACCGCCGCCCCGUUCCAGCACACAACUUUUUGAAACGGCUGGAGGAGGAUCCACAUCAAGUGGCAGCGCCAGCGGCAGGCGAGCCCAUCGUCGCACUCAGUCGCUGCCCCCGAAGCUGGGCGUGCGCCUCUUUGUGCCGCAGCAGUGCGGCCUGCAGAGGGUCUGCGCCAAGCCCCGGCUGCACACAUAUCGACUGCAUUCCUCGCUGGGGGCGGACAUCAGUGUGCAGGAGACGCUGCUGGAGUCGCGUCUGUGCUGCGUGCUGCCCCAGCAGCUGCUCUCCAUCUGGAUACAGCGCGAGAAGGAGCUGCUGCAGGAGAUCUCGGGCAUGGGCGAGCUGAGCGGCGAGUGGCGCUGGCGCCAGAUGAAUCUGCUCGAGGAGCAUCUGCGCCUGCUCAAGGACUACUCGCAGGCCAAGCAGAACAUUCAGCAGCUGGCUCGCGAUGGCGUCUUCUUCAAGCGGUCAUCAGUGAAGACGGACGAAUCGCUGGAGUUUCUGCCCGUCAAUCUGCACGUUCAGAGGAUGUGGGCCCAGAACGACACACUGCAGCGGCGCGGCUUCCUGGACAUUGUGACAGUGGGCGCCUUCACUCGACACGAUGCCAAGGGACGGCAGUGCGGGGGAUUGAUCAAACUGCUGCAGGAGAGCAAAUCGUGGAAACUGGAGCAGAGCAAUGCGUGCAAGGUGCAGGCAGCCAACGAUGCCGUCCAGGCCACCAAGCAGCUGCGCAAGGAAAUCGUCGAGCUGAUGUCACAGCUCCUGCAGCUGGCCAGCCGUCGCUGUGCCACCGACAUGAUGCCCCUGUGCGAUCAGAUGGUGUCCAAGACUCGCACGUUGCUGAACAUCUGGGAGCCGAGCAUUGUCAAGGAGGCGGUGGACUUUAUCGAACAGCAUCGCAUCAUCGAGGAGCCCGAGAAUGUGCUUAUGGAGCCCAUGUCGCCAUUCCGGAAGAUUACCCAACAGCUGACAGCUUUGGAGCUGAAGUCGCCGGAGCUGGAGGACUUUGCCACGCCGGUGGUGGCUCCGCCCGAUCUGUGGCCCCGGGCCCAGCCACCGCUGAUGCGCUCGAAUAGCUGGCAUCCGAGCAACAGCUCGCCAUCCAGCUCCCUGGACAUUCGUGCCAUUGACUCACUGCAGCAUGUCGUCAAGUGCUACAACGAGCAUCUGCGCAGCCUCGAGCAGGGCGCGGCGGGACAGCGUACGGAAAAGGAUGCUCUGUCCGAGGCAGAGGGCACAUAUCAGUCGCUGCCACUGGCUUGGCAUGCCCAGUCCCAGCCCCAGUCACAGUCGCAGCCCGAAUCCACGCCCAUUCCCGCUGCACUGCAGCUGAUCGAUCUGGAUGAGUUGAGGGGCGGUGGACAGCAGCAGCCGCCCGCAGGCUUUCUCGACACCAAGCUGAUGAGCUCCUCGCCGUCGGCCAACUAUUACCGGCCCACGGAGGAGCCGGAGCCGCUGGAUCUGACCCAGCUGAAUAUUGAGGCCAGCGUGAUGUGCCUGGAGUGCAAGCUGAAGUUCUUUUGCGGUCGCCGUGACAGCCCGGCCAUCCGGCUGCGUCAUCCCAAGCCGCCAAUGAAGCGCGAGGGCUUCGCUGUGGCCCCCCAGCAGCAGGCGCCCGCACCCGAUGUGAUCUCGGCCCCCGAGAAGCCCGCUCAGCAGCUCGAGCUGGAUCUCAAGCCGCUGCCAACAGCUGCAGCCUCUGGCUCUGGCUCUGGCUCUGCCGUCAAGAAGGGCAACAAAUUCACAGACGGUCUGGACCUGUCGCUGACCACAGACUGGGCCGCCGAGCUGCGUCCCAGCAUGCGCAAGCUGCGCCAUGCCAUGGACAGGCUGCUGAAGACGGCGCGCCUGAUGCAUUCGGUGCAGCGGCUGCAGCAGGAUGUGCGCUGCAAUCGUCUGCAGGCGAGCAUCAUGUAUCGCCGGGAUGUCUGCUUCUCUCAGGCGCUGACAGCUUUGGUUAGCUCUUUGAUGUUGCGCCUCUGGGGCAGCGAACUUGACAUGGCCUAUCUGGUGAUGCUGAGGGAUCUGGGUCCGCUGGCCUACUUCGAGGGCCUGCUGACGCUCUUCGGCAACGAGGCGGACAUGUGGAGCGACAUGUGCAUUGCCAUUGAGGACCUGUCGGCCGUCAGCUUUCAACUGGUGCGCGCACAGGGCGAGGCUGCGCUGGCGCCGAUGCCACGCAUCACGGGCUCACGGCAGGCCUUGGAAGUGCAGCUGCCAGUGCCAGAGCAUUCGCUGCCCGGCAAUGGCACCUCCAUAUCGUUCAAGAUCACGCCCGUAUUCUUCAAUAUUGGCAUCAAUGGCAAGGCCACCUAUGCGGAGACGGUGGGCCAGACACGGGAGCAGCAUCGCUCCAAUUGGGACAACUAUCUGAGGCUCAGCCAGUACUAUGGUCGGUAUCGCAAGCUGGGCCUGGGCUCGGUGGAUGCUGGCGAGUCCCUGCAGUCGCUGCUCGCCUUCAUGGAGCAGCAGUUGCGCGCGAAUCUCUCCAAGAAUGUCAAGAUUCUGCAUUUGGCUGAGGAUGCCUGUCGACUGAUGGACGGCCUGCGGUUCACCUCCUGCAAGAGUGCCAAAGAUCGCACAGGCAUGGCCGUCACCCUGGAGCAGUGCCGCGUGCUAGUACGCGAAUUUCAGCUGCCGGCCAAGCAUGUGCCCUAUGCGCUGAGCACCAUGAGAAGCGAGGGCACACGCAUGGACAAUGUCUUAAAGAAUAUUGGCACACGAAAGUAUGCCUUCCAUUGGACACAGGUGCCCUUUUUGCCGGCCAUGUACCGGCCGCCAGUUGGCAGCUAUGGCAAAGCGCAAACCUAGGCAGUAUGAGCGGAGGUUGACAACUUAUAGACAAACAAAACUGUGCCAAAAAUCAAAGAAACAAUUUAAAGCAAAGCAGCGAUUAAAACUAAUUCAAUUAGCACACCAUUCGGACAGACAAUUGUUAAAUGUAUCACCAAAUGAUUCCCUAAACAACGUAUUUAU